GUGAAAAAUUGAGAAUGAAUGUUGAGUGAACUUUGUUUUUAAUGUUAAGUAUCCUGACCAUAGUGAUUUAAAGUGACAUUCGUAAUCUCGUAAUACGAAUAAUUUGAUAAGACCUUAGCUAGAAAUAAACAUUGUUUUUUUAUUAUAAAAUGGCACGUAAUUUGUUGAGACUUGGAGCUUUGGAGGCACAAAAAACAGCAUUUUUGCUGUGUGACAUACAAGAAACAUUUAAGCCCCAUAUCAAACACUUUGGAGAAGUAGUGAGAGUCGCAAAUAAAAUGAUAGAAGCGGCAAAACACUUCAAUAUACCAGUAUAUGUGUCGGAGCAGUAUCCAAAAGGCUUAGGUCACACUACCAAGGAUAUAAAUAUCGACGGAGCGGCCCUUGUAUAUGAUAAGACAACAUUCUCUAUGUACAGCCAAGAACUUAAAGAUAGGCUGAAGAAGGAUGUACCGAACUUGGGAUCCGUGGUAUUGUUUGGUAUUGAGGCACAUGUUUGCAUAGAGCAAACAGUUAUUGACCUAAUCAAUGAAGACAUCAAUGUUCAUGUGUUAGCUGAUGGGGUGUCGUCAAGGUCGCUCAUGGAUCGAACACUUGCUUUACAGCGAUUCCAAUCAUUGGGCUGUUUUGUUGGUACGUCUGAGAAUGUUUUAUUCAAGUUAUUAAAAGACAAAAAUCAUCCUGCUUUCAAACAAAUAUCAAAGUUGAAUUCUAAACCUACGCCUGCUGAAUUUGGGGCUGAAAAUUAAAAAAAGUAGAUUUUUUUUUUGCCUGCAUAUGUUUUUUUUUUAAAUAGUUGUAUAUAUAUUUAUUGCUAAGAAAAAUAUUGUCGAGAUACUCUAAUGAUAUAUUUUAAUAAUGUGAUAUUAAAAUAACUUUAAAGAAAUUGUUAUUCGAAAGUUGUUUCGUUAAUGUUUUAUAAUAAUUAAGAUUUUAUUAAUUAAAGGAUUUUAAUAAAAAAAAAUAUUUAUUU